GGCUCUUUUGUUAAAAAAAAAAAAUUAAAAAAAUAAAUAAUUUAGUCAUUAUAAUAUUUUAGUCAUGAGUGGUAGAUCUACUGGCGGUGGCAACAACAGUAAAAAUACGAGACCAAGAUCAAAUCGCGGAAGACGUGGUGGUGGUAGUAAUGGUGAUGGUCGCCGUGACCAAAGACGUGAUAUCAUUGAUGAAGGUCGUAAUUAUAUACCAGCACCACCAAAACUUAGUGUUCCUGAAAUAAAACAAUCACAACAAGAAACCGCUAUUGCGAAUUUUAGUUCUUCUGAAUUAACCUAUAAUGGCAGUGAUCGAUUAGUUUUUAUUACUAAUGGGGAACCGAUUAAAACUAUUUGGAAAAGAAUAUUGAGAAAAGACAAACCUUGGAAUCAAAGUGAUGUUAGAAUUUUCGUUAGUUCUGCAUUAGUAGCUACAGAUUAUCAAAUAGGUUAUGAAAUAGAAGAAAUAGUUACUGAAUUAGGUAACCCUGAAAGUGGUCUCAAGAGAUUAAGAGAAAUUAUAAAUUUUCCUUCAAUAUCGUGCGAUGCUGGUCUUGAUAAUGAUGUGUUAUCUUUUCAACAUGUUAUAUUACCUUUAUUGGGUUUAUUUACUAGAACAGCUAUUACUGAAUGUAUUUUAGAAAAAUAUGUUCAUGCAAUCUUUUCAACUGUCUAUGUAAACCUUGACUCAUUUCUUUAUGAUAAGGUGAUUAAAAUGUUGGAAACGUUGGUCAACCGUAAUUCUGUUAAGGAUAAUCGUGUUAGGGUUGACACAUUAUUGUCACGUGAACGAUAUUCAUUUAUUCCGUCUUCUCUAGGAGUAUUUUUCUUGAUAAUAGUACGGCUUCUAACAGAAUUACUACGUCGUGUCAAGGAGGCAUCUGUUAAUGAAACGAUGUACCAGAUUGCUAAUGAUUUAUAUCGAUUAAAAACUGCGUAUCAACAGUCACUUGAAGAACAACAAUUUUCUCCGACAGACCCAUUAAUUAGUAAUUUAGAGACUAGAAAAUAUUUUUUUACGAUAUUAGAAAGGGAAAUGAAAACCAUGGAUAAAAUGUUAAAUAAUAGUCGUAAAGGUUUAAUUUUUAAACAAAAUCUUGGAGCUAAAAAUUUGAACGUUGAAUCAGAUAAAUCAUAUUAUAAAGAAUUAGCUAGAAGAGUUGACACUGAAAGAACUUAUGAUCCACCUGGUGAAUUAUCAAAAUAUGGUAGAAGGCAUGAUAAUGAUUUUAUAGACAUUUCUGAAAUAUCAAUUAUUCCUACGAAAGAAGAAAUAUUGUGUGACCGUCUACCUUUUUUACCUUCUACACUUCGUAAUUCAUUACAUUUUUUACCUGAUGGAGCUGCUAGAUUACUUGAUACGCAAUUUCGUCUUUUAAGGGAAGAUUUAUUAAAUCCAAUUCGUGGCGGUUUAUCACAUUAUUUGACCGCACUAUUACAAGAGCAUACUUCUUCUAAUAGUGAUGUUAAAUUAUCAAAAGAAUUUAAGAAAAUACAAGAAGAGGGUGGUAGAUUUUCAUACAAUAAUGGUGUGAGUGAAAACGGCGAUCUACAAGUAUAUACGAAUAUACAUUUCACCAAUAUUUCCUGUGAUAGAAGAAAAGGAUUUGCUUGUACUAUAAGUUUCACUCCUCCAAGAAUUAGUACUAAAAGUGAAAAAGGUAGAAGGGAAUAUUGGGAAAAGAGUAGAAGAUUAUUAACUGGCAGUUUAGUUACUCUUAUAUUACCAAAUCCAAAUCCCAAAAAAGUAAAUUCAGAUGAUUCUACUAAUAGUAAUGCUAGUACUUCUAUAAGUAAUAUUGAUUUAUAUUCACUUUAUUUUGGUGUAGUUGUAUCAAGAGACGAAAAAGCUUUAUCUAGAAAAGAAAAUUCCGCUGAGAUUGAUAUUGAUUUUAUUGAUCCAUCAAUCUAUCCUAUCGCAUUAAGUGAAUUUUCAGAAUAUAGUAAAACUGAAAAAAGACCAUUGGAAAAAAGAUUUAUGGUAGAAUCAACGGGAGUUUAUCUAGAAGCUUAUUAUCAUGUUCUUAAAACUCUUCAAACUACAGAUCUUUCUUUACGUUUUGAAAAAUAUUUAGCACCUAAUUUUGAUGAUAUGAAUGAUGAAGAAGAUAAGAAAGGGAAAAUGAUGGAAGAAGUGAACAGUACUCUCGAUAUUAAAGUUGAAAAUCCUCCUUAUACUAGUGCUCCAGGAUUUCAAUUUGAUUUAUCAAUAUUAUGUAAAAAUAAGUGUAAAUUGAAAUUAGAAGUUGCUGAUGAAAGUACUCACGAUAGAGUAAUAAAAAAUAUCGUUAAAUAUAGUAAUAUUGGAAAAUUGCCAAAUGGAACUCCUUAUGGACUAGACGAAACUCAAGCCAAAGCGUUGAUAUCAUCAUUAACGCGUGAAAUUGCAUUAAUUGAAGGACCACCUGGUACGGGUAAAACAGUAGUUGGUGUUCAAAUAAUGAAAGUAUUAUUAGCGAAAGAAAAUCGAAAAACAAAAAUUGGACCAAUUCUAACCAUUUGUUUUACUAAUCACGCUCUUGAUCAAUUCUUGGAGCAUUUAGUUGAUGAAAAUAUAACAAAAAUAGUGAGGUUAGGUUCUCGAACGAAAUCUGAAAAGAUUAAAGAAUUUAAUUUAGAAGAAAUUUGCCGAAAACGUCCUCGUAGCAAAAGUAGCAAAAAAGAAUUAGCAAUAUUGUAUAGUUCGAUUGAAAAGAUAGAAAAAUAUGUUCAGAAAAUGAAAGGUGCUUUAUUUAAUAGGUGGAUGAAAUGGAGUGAUAUAAGUGAAUAUCUAAUGUUUGAAGAGGCUACAUUUUACUCAAAAUUUAGUUAUGUAUCUGAAGAUGAAUUACCCAGUUGGGUUUUAGGAACUGAUGAUGAUGGAGAGUUUGAGACCGUUGGAAAAAAUAAUAAGCAAAAGAGAAAAGACCCAUUUGAUGAAUGGAUAGAAGGAGAAGACAUUAGAAUAAUUAACAAGCGAAAGCGACUUUUAUUAAAUCCACCGAAAAGUGACAAGAAAAAUAAGAAAAGACCAAAUAAAAAUAUAUUUGAUAUAUUAAGAGAAGAGACUGGAGAUUCUAUGGAUAUAAGUGAUGAUGGAUCACAAGUUGAUUAUAUAAAUUGGAUCAAAAACUACCAAGAACCAAAAACCGAUCGACUUUUAGAUGAGUUAUUAAUUGAUCAUUCAAUUUGGAGAAUGUCGAAGAAAGAAAGAAAAAGACUUCAUGACCAUUGGCGUACAAAAAUUUAUAAAGAAAUUGUUGAAAAAUUUUCAGAAUUACAAAAAAGGCAUGAAAAAAUACGCCAAGAAAUAAAUAGAAUUUAUGAUGAAGGACGUCGCCAAGUAUUAAAAAGUAGUGAUGUUAUUGGUAUGACUACAAAUGGUGCAGCUAAAUUUCAAAAUUUAAUUAGAUCAAUUGGUCCCAAAAUUAUCAUUUGUGAAGAAGCAGGAGAAGUAUUAGAAGCUCAUAUUCUAAGUGCAUUAACCCCAUCGACUCAACAUUUGAUAUUAAUUGGUGAUCACAAUCAACUUCGACCUCAUAUUGCAACUUAUUCUCUUAGUGUGGAUUCACCGGUAGGAAAUAAUUAUCAAUUAGAUAAAUCAUUAUUUGAAAGAUUAGUUAAUGGUGAUAAAGCGGUUAAAAUUGAGAAGGCUCAACUUUUAAAUCAGAGACGUAUGAGAAGAGAAAUAUCUGAUUUAAUCAGAUAUACGAUUUAUCCAGAAUUAAUUGAUGGUGAUAAUACUACAAAAUACGAGAAUGUACGUGGAGCUCAACAUAAUGUAUAUUUUAUUGAACAUAGAAAUCCAGAAGAUAAUUCAGGUGGAGAACAUGCAAUAAAAUCUCAUGUGAAUAAAUAUGAAGUUAAAAUGGUGGUUGAGAUGGUAAAAUAUUUUGUGAGGAAUGGAUAUACUAAACCCGAUGAUAUAGCUGUACUUACUCCUUAUUUAGGACAAAUGAUUAAAAUUAGAGAUGCUUUAGCUAAAUCAUUUGUUGUUGUUAUUGAUGAAAGAGAUGCGCUGAAUAUUGCUGAAAUAGAAGAACAAGAACAAAUAAUCGGAACAAAUACUACUAGUAAUAUAGAAACUAUAAGCGUUGCAUCAAAAAAAUCAUUAAAUCGACAAGUUACUUUAAGGACCGUUGAUAAUUUCCAAGGUGAAGAAGCAAACAUAAUUAUUGUUUCAUUAGUUCGUAAUGUUUCUAAAUCCGGUAAUAUUAGUAAAUAUGAUUCCAUCGGAUUUCUCAAUAGCAAAAAUAGAACCAAUGUAUUAUUGUCACGUGCUCGUAAAGGAAUGUAUCUCAUUGGUAAUUCUGAAUUAAUGGAAAUGAAAUCUAAAAAAAUGUGGGCUCCAGUAAUUAAUAUUUUAAAUGAGCGUAAACAAGUUGGCUUUGGUAUGCCAAUUGCAUGCAAUAAACAUCCAUAUUACAAAAACACUAUCGUUGAUCCUGAUCAGUUUGAAAAAAUUAGUCCAAAUGGUGGAUGCUGUGAAGAUUGUAAUAUGUCACUUCCUUGCGGACAUAAAUGCAAAUAUAAAUGUCAUUCAGACGAUCCUGAACACAUUGGAGUCAAAUGUAACGAACGUUGUUUAAGAUUACUUCCGGAAUGUUAUCAUCCAUGUACAAAACUUUGUUUUGACAAUUGUGGAAGAUGUGAAUUUCCUAUCGAAUAUAUUUUGUUACGUUGUGGUCAUAUAUUACAUAAUGUUAAAUGCUGGCAAAAUAGAGAUAAAGAUUCAAUUAAAUGUAAGGUCUUAGUUUCGAAAAAAUUACCACAUUGUGAGCACUAUAAAGAUAUUCGCUGUACAGAAUUAUGCGGAAAACAAUUGGAAUGCGGUCAUAAAUGUCCAGAUUUAUGUUCUAAUUGUCAAGAACGUUCUAAAUCACAAAAAUCCGAGGAUAAAAACACAUCGAUAUUAGCAAGUUUAUUCUUUUCCAUUGAACAAACACCACAACAUGGAAAAUGCCAAAGUGUAUGUGAUAAAUUAUUAUUUUGUGGACAUACAUGUGAAUCUAAUUGCCAUGAAAGGAGUGAAUGUCCACCAUGUGUGAAUAAUUGUCCACGUAAGAAUAAUUCAUGUUUUAUCAACUAAUUGUAUCAAAACUAUGUAUGGCUUUUUUGUAAAAAAAAUUUAUUAAUAAAGAUUUUUUGUAUUAAAUUAUAA